GUGCGGUUAGCUCUGGCGACCGGCCUCCUCCUCCUCCUCCUCCUCUCCGCUGCAACUCGCAGCCAUCUUGAGAUCUCUGCCUUUGCCGCAGCAGCAGCACGGUUUGCUCUUCUCUUCUUCGGCGCUGCCAGCUUGGUUUCUUGAUGGGGCUCUGCGCGUCGUCGAAGCGCCUGGAGCGGGAGCAGGACUCCGACGAGAACGUCGUGUACGUCGUGGGUGAGCAGGCAGGAGGAGGGGAGGAGGAGGAUGGCGCGGCGGCCGGCAGGAAGGUGGCCUCCCUCUUCUCGCAGAAGGGCAAGAAGGGGCCCAACCAGGACGCCGUCAUCCUCUGCCAGGGAUUCGGCAUGGCGGAUGGCGUGUUCUGCGGCGCGUUCGACGGGCACGGCCGGUGCGGACAGUUCGUCAGCAAGCGGGUCAGGGACUUCCUCCCCUUCAUGAUUCUCAGCCACCGGAACGCGCUGUUCCUGGCCGCCGCGGGCGACGACGACAACGACUUGGCCUUCAGCGACGUCUCGCCGUCGACGUCGACGGAUGGGAGUGGUAGCUCGUCGCCGCAGCCGUCGCCGGCUCAGCUGCUGGAGGAGUGGAGGGAGGCCUGCACCAAAUCGUUCGAGGCCAUGGAUAAGGAGCUCAAGCUCCAGGACGUGGACUGCAACUUCAGUGGAACCACCGCAGUGUGCGCCAUCAAACAGGGGAAGGACCUGAUCAUCGCUAACCUCGGUGACUCGAGGGCGGUGCUGGCGACGAUGUCGGAGGCGGGCUAUCUGAAGGCCGUGCAGCUCACCACCGACCAGAAGCCCAACCUGCCUCAGGAGGCAGAGAGGAUAAAGAGCUCCAACGGCCGCGUGUUCGCGCUCAAGGACGAGCCGUCGGUGUUCCGGGUGUGGCUCCCCGACGUGGACUGCCCGGGCCUCGCAAUGGCGCGCUCCCUCGGCGACUUCCGGCUCAAGCGGUACGGCGUGGUGUCCGAGCCGCAGGUGACGCACCGCCGGAUCACGGCAGGGGACCUGUUCAUCAUCCUGGCCACCGACGGGGUGUGGGACGUGCUGAGCAACCAGGAGGUGGUGUCCAUCGUGUGCACCACGCCGCGGAAGCAGCACGCGUCCAAGGCCGUGGCGGAGGCCGCGGCGCAGCGGUGGCGGACCAGGUACCCGUCGUCCAGGGUGGACGACUGCUCCGCGGUCUGCCUCUUCCUGCGCGACCAGGACUGGGGCAGUGCCGCCGCGCGGCGCUAGCUCCGGCAAGAAGCCCCCGGCUAGCUUGCUUAGCUCUGCCCGUGCGUUGUGCUGGCGUUCUUGCUCUCUUCGUGGGUUGCCAUUGCCGCAACGGCAAAUACUCUCUCUCUGAUGUUUUGCAACAAGGAGACGAGAAGAGAGAAAGGUAUUUUUCAGUUUUGGCUCUUGAUCUGAGAUCAUGGUGACGGAGAAAGGGUGUGGCUGUGGCGGGAAUGCCGUUUGUAGCAUGUAAAGUAUUUAUUUUAUUUUUGUUGCGGGAAGCAUGUAAAGUUUUUGGACGAACCAAGGGAGGGCAAAGCGCCCACCUUAACGGAACUUGUUUCAAAAAAGUCAAACUUGUAAGUUUUGACUGAUAAUUGGUCAAAUUAUAUGUAUGUUUAAGAUACAAACUUUGUUCCAAUAUAUCUGUAUUUCAAAAUAUUUUUAA